AUGGCUACACCAUCGGCAGAGAGCUCGAGACGGGCUAAAGCAGUCGUGGAUGAUGAGCAGAUGAAUUUGAGAAUAGGGCACUACACACGGCUGAAUGAGAUCGGUCGUGGUAGCUUUGCUACAGUCUAUCGUGGUACCCACAAUGAAUACAACACCUUUGUAGCGGUCAAAUCGGUCACUCUGCUUCGCAUGACCCAGAAGCUAAGAGAUAACCUAAAGUUGGAGAUCGAUAUUCUUAAGAGCCUUCAGCACCCACACAUCGUUGCCCUGAUAGAUUGCUAUGAGACGUCAUCGCACAUACAUAUAAUUAUGGAGUUCUGCAUGCUCGGCGAUCUCUCCCGCUUUAUCAGGAAACGGAACUCCAUGGCCAAGCACGAGCUGCUACGAGAUAUGAUGACCAAGUACCCCAACCCACCAGGAGAGGGCCUCCAUGAUGCAGUUGUCCGCCAUUUCUUAAAGCAACUUGCCAGUGCACUUCAGUUCCUCAGAGCGAAGGACUUGAUACAUCGUGACGUCAAGCCGCAGAAUCUACUCCUCCAUCCUUCUCCCACCAUCUGCUCGAAAACCCUAAUCCAGUCUGUUUCUUACAAGGGAAGCGAAAACUCGUUCACUCCCAUCGCGGGAGUUUCGUCAUUCCCUAUGCUUAAAAUAGCAGACUUUGGAUUUGCCCGGUCUUUACCAUCUACAUCGCUCGCGGAUACCCUCUGCGGAUCACCGUUAUAUAUGGCGCCUGAGAUUUUGCGCUACGAGAAAUAUGACGCCAAAGCAGAUCUAUGGUCCGUUGGGACUGUCCUUUAUGAGAUGGUUGUUGGAAAGCCCCCGUUCAGAGCUGCAAACCACAUGGAAUUGCUGCAAAAGAUCCAGUUGACCAAGGACAGAAUCAGAUUCCCGCGGGAGACACCAGUUGCCGGUGACAUAAAAAAGCUAAUCCGCAGCCUCCUCAAGUUCAACCCUGUCGAAAGAAUUACUUUCCCUCUAUUUUUUGGGAAUUCAGUUAUCGAGGGUGAUAUCCCUGGUCUGGUAGGUGAAGACCUUGAAGAACAAAUAGAGAGAAAUGCCGCCCGUGAGCGGCAACGGCUUGAAGGAGAUGACCUGGAACCGGAAGGCCUCGAGCAAGAGAUACUGGACCGAUCAGACACCCAAGCCGAAGACAUGGACGAUGAGGUUGAAGAGACAACAAAUAAAGUACCAGCUGCAGCUCCAACUCCAGCUCCAGCUCCAGCGACUGAACGAACUGAAACUCGACCUGGCCCUCGACCAUUAGUGGAACAUAACUCACGACCCGGCUCUGCUGUAAGCAGAGUAGAUGGGCGAGAUAAAUACGAUCUUCAGCGUGCCACAGGUCGUCAUACGGAAGAUUCCCCAGCAAUUCCAUCAGCUAGAAAUGUUCACCCUGUUAGUGAGCCUGUGGUGAGGCAAAGCGAUAACCAGCGGUCCUCCAAAUCUUCCCUUACCGAGCAGAUAUCGGGGCCCUCGCAGACUGCUCGUUCCCAAAAUGCAAAGCAGUUAUCAGAGAUAGAAAAGGAGCGUGCUGCUCAAGAUAUUGCUUUCGAGCGAGAUUAUGUUGUGGUGGAGAAACGAGCGGUUGAAGUCAAUGCUUUUGCGGAUGAGCUCGCAGCCAGUCCGAGAGUACAGCAACAGCAGUUGAACUCUCGUCAGUCCGGUGCCAUUGUUCGCCGGGCUACAACAACAGCUACGCCGCAUUCGCUCAAAACAAAACAUACUCCCCAGCCCGAUACCCAAGACAAACAAACGAAGCCAAGAGCCGAUUCUACACAUAAUCGACGAUAUUCAUACGAUAGGAGAUAUGGCCCUAAUCCGAUUUCUGCAACAUCGGCUAUCUCCAAGGCUCUUAACAUGGCUAGUGGGAGGCUGUUUGGUGUCAGCUUCUCUCCACCAUCCGCGUUGACAAAGGGUGGCCGAUCUCCUCCGCUAGGAUAUAGCCCGUUCCCAACAUAUCCUGUUGCACAGAGCAGCUUGGUAGUAGUUGAUGAGAAGCCGCAACACCUUAGCCAUGAUUCUAAGACCGUACAUAUUAUUGAGGAAUGUGCGACUCGGAGUGAUGUUGUUUAUGGGUUUGCUGAAGUCAAAUACAAGCAACUUAUCCCGGCUACACCUUCAAACAAAUCGGAUUCCACCAUCAAGCCAAGUACCAUGGAGCAUAGCCCCGAUGAUGACGGCCUGACACUUGAUGCAGUGCUUACACUAUCUGAAGAAGCUUUGGUGUUAUACGUAAAGGCUUUGUCCAUUCUUGCAAAGGCCAUGGAUAUUGCAGGAGCAUGGUGGGCACGGAAGAACCGAGAAGAGAGUAUCGGUAGUGGCCUACCACCGUCGAAGACGGAGAAGGACAUCGUGAUAAGCAGUCGAAUCAAUAAUGUUGUCCAAUGGGUCCGGACUCGUUUCAACGAAGUGCUUCAGAAAGCCGAAUAUUCCCGUCGACGUCUUCUAGAAGCGCAGAAGCAGCUGCCACCAGAUCAUCCGUACCGCAUGUCUCACGAAGUCGGCGAAUCAGGAAGCCUCCCAAGUUUUGACCAAUCUUCAGACCAAGUCAUCAUUAGUUCGGGUAUCACUGCAGAGAAACUGAUGUAUGACAGAGCUUUGGAAAUGAGUCGGACGGCUGCUAUCAAUGAGUUGACUGGCGAGGAUUUGUCCGGUUGCGAAAUAGCUUAUGUCACCGCGAUCAGAAUGCUCGAGGCUGUACUGGAAAGUGAUGAUUCUUCUCGAUCAACUAAAGACCGAGGAACUGCAGAUGGAGGCAGUUCAGGCGAACCCCGGAUGGAGGAUAGUCAAAUUCAAGGGGAGGACUGCGAAGUUGUUGCCAAACGUAAGGGACUUUUUUCUUUUGCCACGCUUAUGUUGUACUGCAUUGCUAACUGUUUUCCCACAGUCGUCGAAAGCAUUCGGGCCCGUCUAAGAGCCCUUCGAAAGAAGAUGGCUCUAAUGGCAAAACGAACUUCCGCUCCACCGGCUGUACUUUCACCAAAACUCCCACCAUCGCACCCACGCCCAGCAUCUCCUGCCAUGGCUCAUUCGCCAUCUAAAUGA